GUGCUCAUCUUUGGGAAAAAAAAACUUCUGUCAAGUAAUGCAAACUGUGCUUGAUUUUGGGCCAGUUUUGUUUGCGAGAUCCUCUAAAUUUUGUGUUUGGAUUAGUUCAAAGUUUUUUUCAACAUCGAGUUGUUAUUAUGGCGGCUCUUCUCCCGGUCAAACUCCAAUGGAAACAGUCCAAUGGAUGGCAGAAUAUGCACCUGUAUUCCCGGCGAAUGGGAAGGAAAUUACAGUUUUAAAUGAACCGGAGCAGUUUUUUUUAACUCUCAAGGAUAACGUCAGCAAAGCAAAACGCCGGAUUAUUUUGGCUUCACUGUAUUUAGGGACAGGAGAAAAAGAGCAACAACUUGUUGAUUGCAUCUAUAAUGCUGUGAAGCGAUCUUCCUCUUUGGAUAAGUCUCUAAACGUAGAGAUCCUUUUGGAACACACUCGAGGAUCCAGAGGAGAACACAACUCUAGAACUAUGCUCUUACCACUCAUUCAGAGCUUCAGUCCUGCUGUCAAGGUGUCCCUGUAUCAUUCACCCAGUCUCAGAGGCCUGCUGAAGCUGCUCCUUCCUGAAAGGUUUAAUGAGACAGUGGCCCUCACACAUCUGAAGGUUUAUCUUACUGAUGACACUUUGAUCAUGAGUGGGGCUAACCUGAGUGCAGACUAUUUCACCAACCGUCAGGACCGAUACAUUGAGAUCAAGAAUUGUCCACAGCUGGCAAACUUUUUUCAUGGUCUUGUUUCAACUGUGCAAGCUUUCUCUCUUGAACUUCAACCAGAUAACACAACAAAAAUGGGAGAAAACUUUCCCGUUCAUCCAACUGAAGGAUUUGAUGGUGGAAAGAAAUUCAAGGCUGAAGCAGGAAGGAGGGUAUCUAAGUAUUUGCAGAACCAAAAAGAAAAACACAACUGCAGUGAUUUGUAGAGGACGUCAAACCAGGUUUGUGAUACCUGGGUUGUUCCUUUAGUCCAAAUGUUUCCCUUUGGCAUUCGUCAGGAUGAGAUUGUCACCAGCAAGUUACUGAGUUGUGCAUCUCAAGCUACUAAGCUAUUCCUAGCAUCAGGUUAUUUCAAUUUGACAAGAAAGUACAGGAAUAUUAUUUUAAAGUCACCUGCAAAAUGUGAAAUACUGACAGCGCAUCCGACUGUGAAUGGUUUCUAUCAAGCUAAAGGAGUGGCUGGUGGUAUACCUCAUGCUUACACUCUAUUAGCUCGUGAUUUUUACGAGCAAAUUUUGGAACACAAGCAAAGUGAUAACAUCUCAGUGCAAGAGUAUGUGCGUGCCAAGUGGACAUUUCACGUGAAAGGACUAUGGUUCUAUCCUCCAAAGGAGCCUCUACCAAGCUUAACCCUGAUUGGUUCUCCAAAUUUUGGACAUCGUUCAGUAUAUCGGGAUCUGGAGGCUCAGGUUGCCAUAGUUACAGCUGACCAAGAACUCAGCGAAGCACUUCAUGAAGAGAAGACUCGGCUUUACAACAGAAUUCAGCAGGUGUCCUGCCAAACAUUUGAACGUCCUGAACGUAAAAUACCAGUGUGGGUAUAUUGUGUUACAAGAUUAAUAAAGAAUCUUCUCUAA